AUGAUUAGAGAUCUGAGCAAGAUGUACCCCCCGGCGCGGCAUCCGAUUCCCCACCAGCCGGGACAGCCGUUCAAGUUCACUGUCACCGAGUCCUGCGACCGGAUCAAGGAGGAGUUCCAGUUCCUCCAAGCCCAGUAUCACAGCCUGAAAAUGGAGUGUGAGAAACUGGCCAGUGAAAAAACGGAGAUGCAGCGACACUAUGUCAUGUACUACGAAAUGUCGUAUGGACUCAACAUCGAGAUGCACAAACAGGCGGAGAUCGUCAAACGGCUGAACGCAAUCUGCGCCCAAGUCAUUCCCUUCCUCUCUCAAGAGCAUCAGCAGCAGGUGGUGCAGGCAGUGGAGAGGGCCAAACAGGUCACCAUGGCUGAACUCAACGCCAUUAUUGGAGUGCAAGGUGUAUUUCUGUGUGUGAUUCAGCAGCAGCAGCUCCAGGCUCAGCACCUCUCCCACAGCCACGCCAUCCCGGUCCCACUCACGCCACACCCAGCAGGCCUCCAGCCCCCUCUGCCCCCCGGCGCCGGUACUGCCAGCCUGCUGGCGCUCUCCUCGGCCCUGAGUCACCAGCUGCCGCUCAAAGACGAGAGGAAACACCACGACAGCAACAGUGAACACCCACGAGGUAAGUCCUGCUUUGUAAGUGUGUAUGCAAGUGUUGGCGUCUUUGUGUCUACAAAGCAUACAUCAGUGAGCUCAUCUGUGUCUCCAUCUGCCAGUUUUCGGACUGGAGAGAAGCACAGAAGUUCGAGCGAUUACUCCUCUGACAGCAAGAAACAGAAGACAGAUGAUAAGGAGUUGGCCUCUACACGCUACGAAAGUGACGGAGAGAAGAGCGAUGACAACUUGGUAGUGGAUGUGUCCAAUGAGGAUCCAGUGUCUCCCAGAGGAAGUCCUGCCCACUCUCCUCGGGAGAACGGGUUGGACAAGAGUCGGCUGUUGAAGAAGGAUGCGCCCCUGAGUCCUUCCUCCAUCGCCUCCUCCAGCAGCACACCUUCAUCCAAAUCCAAAGAGAUUAAUUUGAAUGAAAAGUCCACAACGCCUGUGUCCAAGUCCAGCACCCCCACAUCCCGCUCUGAUGCUCCGACUCCCAGCAGCACCGUCACCCCGGGCCUGAGGUCUGCACCCAGUAAACCAGCAGGAAUCGAGGCGCUGGCUCCUGGUCUCCGCACACCGCUGGCAGUGCCGUGCUCGUACCCCGGCCCGUUUGGAAUGGUUCCUCACCCGGGUAUGAAUGGAGAGCUGAGUGGAGCGGGAGCAGCCUACACCGGUCUGCAUAACAUUUCCCCACAGAUGAGCGCGGUGGCUGCUGCUGCUGUGGCUGCUUAUGGACGCACACAAGUGGUGGGAUUUGAUCCUCACCACCACAUACGUGUCCCUGGCCUUCCUCCUAACCUGUCGGGCAUUCCAGGUGGAAAACCUGCUUACUCCUUUCAUGUGAGCGCCGAUGGACAAAUGCAGCCUGUGCCUUUUCCUCCGGAUGCACUCAUCGGCCCCGGCAUCCCGCGCCACGCACGACAGAUCAAUACUCUUAGCCACGGGGAGGUGGUGUGUGCUGUCACCAUCAGUAACCCAACACGUCAUGUCUACACUGGCGGCAAGGGCUGCGUCAAGGUGUGGGACAUCAGUCACCCGGGAAACAAGACCCCUGUAUCCCAGCUGGACUGCCUUAACAGAGAUAACUACAUCCGUUCCUGUCGACUACUUCCUGAUGGACGGACUCUCAUAGUCGGAGGCGAGGCGAGUACUUUGUCAAUCUGGGAUUUGGCCACACCAACUCCACGGAUCAAGGCAGAACUCACUUCGUCAGCACCUGCUUGUUAUGCUCUGGCCAUCAGCCCUGACUCCAAGGUCUGCUUUUCCUGCUGCUCCGAUGGAAACAUAGCUGUCUGGGACCUUCACAACCAGACUCUGGUUAGGCAGUUCCAGGGCCACACCGACGGAGCCAGCUGUAUAGACAUCUCUAACGAUGGGACCAAGCUUUGGACAGGAGGUCUGGAUAACACUGUCCGGUCCUGGGACCUGAGAGAGGGACGGCAGCUGCAGCAGCACGACUUCACCUCACAGAUCUUCUCACUGGGAUACUGUCCAACGGGUGAGUGGCUGGCAGUGGGGAUGGAGAACAGUAAUGUGGAGGUCCUACAUGUCACCAAACCUGACAAGUACCAGCUCCACCUACAUGAAAGCUGUGUGCUCUCACUCAGAUUUGCCCACUGCGGGAAGUGGUUUGUGAGCACUGGAAAAGACAAUCUGCUCAACGCAUGGAGAACCCCAUAUGGAGCCAGCAUAUUCCAGUCAAAGGAGUCCUCUUCGGUGCUGAGCUGUGACAUCUCCAUAGAUGAUAAGUACAUUGUGACUGGCUCAGGAGAUAAGAAAGCGACUGUCUACGAGGUCAUCUACUAA